GUCCCCUAGAGGAUGGCACCCUGGGGGAAGAGGAGGAGUGUGUGUCGGAGGAGAAUGAGCUCAUGGCCAAAGAUGAGUUCUCCACAGAGGAGAACUUCUCAGCAGAGUUUGAGUCAGAGAACAUGAGCUGUGAGGACAUGGAGUAUUACUGCAACAAAGGUGAAGAAGAUGGCAGUGGAGAAGCAGGGGAGUCAGACAUGGAUGGGCAGAGUGAGAAGACCAGACACCCAGCUAUAGGACCAGAGGAUUGGGAUGGACCAAGAGAGCUGGAUGCGUUCCACAAGGAUGGAGAGCGUCGGAUCCACAGCCGGCAGCAGCUCCCUGUGGGAACCACGUGGGGACCUUUCAACGGGAAGAUCGAGAUGAACAUUGAUGGCAGCGGCAUGGUAGGUCAUGCUUUUAACGUCUGUCUCUUUCUUUCACUUAUUCUGUCAGAGUCACAUUGUUACUGGGGCUGCUCUGGGAACAUGAAAAAAACAGAGAAUACCAUCAAAUUAUCUGUCACCCAUUUUCCCAAGACUUUGGUCCAUAACCUAACCUUCACUUUGCUAAAAAAGUUUGUAUUUCUAGUUCACCAGUCAUCUGUCGUUCUUAGAGGCCUUGCCCGCCAGGCUACUAGCAAGUUCCUUCCACCAAUACAAUAUAGUGAGAGUGAGUGGGUAGGGGUAAAGCCUAGUCAACUGGAAGGAGGAGGCAACCAAUUCCCAUGACAGUCAGACCCAUAGAGUUGACUGUUCAGGGAUCAAAUUUCCCCCCUCAAAAGGCUUUGAUGUGCAUACAU